AAGAAAGGAAGAAAAAAUAAAUCCAAUCUUUCAACUCUCACUUAAAAUAUCAGAUAAGAAAAAGGGAAUCUUGAAAAAUAUUCCCCUGUAUUUAUAUUUAAAAAAUCAUCAUUUCCAAAAAAAAUCUUGUAAAACAAACAAAGAUGAUAACCCAGAUAGCCACCGGUUUGAGCGUGUUAGCCGGAGCGGCUUUGUUAAAAUCAGUAAUGGAUCAAAACCCGAUGAUGGGUUCAGGUUUCGGUCCAAGGUGUUCAAGUUGCAAUGGAACGGGUCGGGUUAGCUGUCUUUGUAACAGGUGGUCGGAUGGUGAUCGUGGCUGUCGGACUUGUGCUGGCUCCGGUCGGAUGGUUUGUAAUAGCUGUGGUGGGUCGGGUACCGGUACCCCACUCCCGGCUCGGAUCUCGGUUCGUCCUCCAAACCAACCAUAUUAACGGCUUUUUAUUUUAUUAUUAUUAUCAUUGUAAUCAUAACAUAUGUAAUAACAGUAUAUAUAUGUUGAGAUGAGUAUAUUUUUUUAGUUCAAAAGAAGAUGUAUAAUUUUAAUACUUUUGUUUUUUGAUAAAUAAUAUCCCCUUAUAUAAUUGGUGAAACCAUUGAUGUUUUUA